AUGGCGGCAGCGGCAGCCGCCGUGGGUGUCAGACUCCGGGACUGCUGCAGCCGGGGCGCUGUGCUCCUGCUCUUCUUCUCCCUGUCCCCUCGGCCCCCCGCCGCCGCCGCCUGGCUGCUGGGCCUGAGGCCCGAGGACACCGCCGGAGGCCGCGUGUCCCUGGAGGGGGGCACCCUCCGCGCGGCAGAAGGCACCAGCUUCCUCCUGCGGGUCUAUUUCCAGCCCGGGCCCGCGGCCCCCGCGGCGGCGCUGGCGCCCGCGCCCACCCUCUCCUCGGGGGCGAACGGCACGGGCGACCUGGCCCCGCGGCUCGUGUUCAUCGAGGAGCCGCCGGGCGGGAGCGGCGUGGCGCCCAGCGCCGUCCCCACGCGCCCGCCGGGGCCGCAGCGCUGCCGCGAGCAGAGCGACUGGGCGUCGGACGUGGAGGUGCUGGGGCCCCUGCGCCCCGGAGGCGCGGCCGGCUCGGCCCUGGUGCAGGUGCGGGUGCGGGAGCUGCGCAAGGGGGAGGCGGCGCGGGGCGGCGCGGGCGGCGGCGGGAAACUCUUCUCGCUGUGCGCCUGGGACGGGCGCGCCUGGCACCACCACGGCGCCGCCGGCGGCUUCCUGCUGCGCGUCCGCCCGCGGCUCUACGGCCCCGGCGAGGGCCUGCUGCCCCCCGCGUGGCUGCGCGCGCUCGGGGCGCUCCUGCUGCUCGCGCUGUCCGCCCUGUUCAGCGGCCUGCGCCUGAGCCUGCUCUCGCUGGACCCCAUCGAGCUGCGGGUGCUGCGGAACAGCGGCUCGGCCACCGAGCAGGAGCAGGCGCGCCGCGUGCAGGCGGUGCGGGGCCGGGGCACGCAUCUGCUCUGCACGCUGCUCCUGGGCCAGGCCGGCGCCAACGCGGUGCUGGCCGGCUGGCUGUACACCUCGCUGCCGCCGGGCGUCGGGGGCCCCGGGGGAGACGAUGACGACUACGGCGGCGAGGCCGGGAUUCACUUCCCGUGGCUGCCGGCGCUCGUGUGCACCGGCGCCGUGUUCCUGGGCGCGGAGAUCUGCCCCUACUCCGUGUGCUCGCGGCACGGGCUGGCCAUCGCCUCGCACAGCGUGUGCCUGACCCGGCUCCUGAUGGCGGCCGCGUUCCCCGUGUGCUACCCGCUGGGCCGUCUGCUGGACUGGGCGCUGCGCCAGGAGAUCAGCACGUUCUACACGCGGGAGAAGCUGCUGGAGACGCUGCGGGCCGCGGACCCCUACAACGACCUGGUGAAGGAGGAGCUCAACAUCAUCCAGGGCGCCCUGGAGCUGCGCACCAAGGUGGUGGAGGAGGUGCUGACCCCGCUGGGGGACUGCUUCAUGCUGCGCUCCGACGCCGUGCUGGACUUCUCCACCGUGUCCGAGAUCCUGCGCAGCGGCUACACCCGCAUCCCCGUGUACGAGGGCGACCAGCGGCACAACAUCGUGGACAUCCUGUUCGUCAAGGACUUGGCCUUCGUGGACCCCGACGACUGCACCCCACUCCUCACCGUCACCCGCUUCUACAAUCGGCCCCUGCACUGCGUCUUCAACGAUACUCGGCUGGACACGGUGCUGGAGGAGUUUAAGAAGGGGAAAUCUCACCUGGCCAUUGUCCAGCGGGUGAAUAAUGAGGGAGAAGGGGACCCCUUCUACGAGGUGAUGGGCAUUGUCACACUGGAGGACAUCAUAGAGGAGAUCAUCAAGUCAGAGAUACUGGAUGAAACUGACCUCUACACCGACAACCGGAAGAAGCAGAGGGUCCCACACCGGGAGAGGAAGCGGCAUGACUUCUCCUUGUUUAAGCUCUCUGACUCGGAGAUGAGAGUGAAGGUCUCCCCGCAGCUUCUGCUGGCCACACACCGCUUCAUGGCCACAGAAGUGGAACCCUUCAAGUCUCUGUACCUCUCGGAGAAGAUCCUGCUCCGGCUCCUGAAACAUCCCAACGUGAUCCAGGAGCUGAAGUUUGACGACAAGAACAAGAAAGCCCCGGAACACUACCUCUACCAGCGCAGCCGCCCGGUGGACUACUUCGUGCUGCUGCUCCAGGGGAAAGUGGAGGUGGAGGUUGGUAAGGAAGGCCUUCGCUUCGAGAAUGGAGCCUUCACCUACUAUGGUGUCCCCGCCAUCAUGACCACUUCUUGCUCAGAUAAUGAUGUGCGGAAGGUGGGAAGCCUGACUGGAUCCUCUGCCUUCCUAAACCGCUCCCCUUCACGCUGCAGCGGGUUGAACCGCUCCGAGUCUCCCAACCGUGAGCGCAGUGACUUUGGGGGCAGCAACACCCAGCUGUGCAGUAGCAACAACCUCUACACUCCUGACUACUCAGUCCACAUCCUCAGCGACGUGCAAUUUGUGAAGAUCACGCGGCAGCAGUACCAGAAUGCGCUCACCGCCUGCCACAUGGACAAUUCACCCCAGUCCCCCGACAUGGAGGCCUUCACUGACGGGGACUCCACCAAGGCCCCCACGACCCGGGGCACACCCCAGACCCCCAAGGAUGACCCUGCUGCCAUCCUCCUAAACAGGAACAGCCUGCCAUGCAGUCUCUCCGAUGGGCUGAGAAGCCCCGGCGAGGUCGUGUACCUGAGGAUGGAGGAGAUGGCCUUCCCCCAGGAGGAGAUGACAGACUUCCAGGAGCACAGCCCACAGCAGCUCUCGGUGUCUCCUGCAGCCAUUCCCGCAAGAGCAGCAUCGGAGAGUGAAUGUUGUAAUAUCAACCUGGAGACAGAGACCAGUCCCUGCAGUAGUGACUUGGAGGAAACCAUGGGCAAGAGGCUGCUGAGAACCCUGAGUGGUCGAAAAAGAAAGAGGUCACCCGAUGGAGAGAGAGCUUCUGAGGAGAACUCCAAUUUAACACCUCUCAUCACAUGA